AUUUAAGAAGAACGCCGGAACGACCUUCCACUCUUCCGAUUCUUCCUUGUCGUCACUGCUGUGCCCUUCUUCUCCCCCCCAGUCUUCCGCCGUCUCCCUUCCCCGAGACUUCUCCUUGCUCCCUUUGCACUUGCUCCCCUCCAGGCCCUUCCCUGCAACCAUGUCGGCCAAGGACGAGGUUCAAAAGGCACGCGAGAGCGUCCAGGCUCGUCUGGCCCAGACCCGCAGCGAGGCCCAGUCGCAGCUCGACUCGGCCACCCAGGCCGCGCGCUCUCGCUUCGACUCGGCCACGGAUGCUGCCGCGUCGCAGUACGACUCUGCCAAAAAGACGACGGAGAAGCAGCUCGAAUCGGCGAGAGACGCGGCGGAAAAGCAGCUCAAAGAGGCCAGGGCGCAGCUGGGCGAUGCUUCUGCCAAGCUCAACAGCCAGAUCAAGGGCGCUGCAGGCGCGGCAUCGUCCUCUUCUUCCUCCGGUCUCGACUUCCUCCCCGAAUUCACUCUGGGAGGCUAUGUUAGAUUCUUUGCCGCAGGCGCCCUCUGCGCAACCAUCACCCACGGCGCCAUGACGCCCGUCGACGUCGUCAAGACGAGGCUCCAGCUCGAGCCGCCGGGGAGCAAGCUGGGCAUGGCCAGCAUGGCCCGUCACAUCAUCUCCUCCGAAGGGCCCCAGGGCCUCAUGACCGGCUUUGGACCAACGGCAGUCGGCUAUCUGAUCCAGGGUGGAACCAAAUUCUGCGGAUUCGAGUACUUUAAGAAGCGCUUUGCCGAACUGGCCGGCUCCCGCGAGGCAGCCGAGCGCAACCGCACGGCCAUCUACAUCGGCGGUGCCUCUGCCGCUGAGCUGAUUGCCUCUACGCUCCUCACCCCACUUGAGGCGGCCCGGAUCCGCCUCGUUUCGGAGCGCGGCUACGCAAAGGGCCUCGUGGGCGCCAUGACGCGCAUGGGCGCCGAGGGCGGUCUCCGCGAGUUCUACGCCGGCUACAUUCCCAUUCUCUUCAAGCAGAUCCCCUUUACCCAGGCCCAGUUCACCAUCAACGAGUACGCCCACGAGCUGUUCAAGAAGAACGUGUCAAAGGAGACGCUCGAUUCGUACGGCAAGACGGGCCAGAUUGGCGUCUCGCUCACCUGUGGCCUCGCUGCCGGUGUGGGCGCCGCCAUUGCCAGCCACCCGGCCGACACGCUGCUAUCCAAGAUUAACAAGGGCGGCGGUGGCAAGGGCGGCAGCUUUGUCAAGAUGGUCAACCUCGCCCGCGAGGCUGGCUUCUCGGGCCUCUGGGCCGGCCUGGGCACGAGGAUCAUCAUGCAGGCCGGCCUCAUCUGCGCUCAGAUGGCCAUCUACGACCAAAUCAAGCUCGCUCUUUCGGCACCUCCAAGUGUCACCAUCUCCAGCGAGACUUCUUCGCACUAGAAUCCUCGAUCGAAAAUCUUCCUUCACGUCUCUCUACUGUCAUCGUCAUCGUCAUUGUCUUUUUCUUCCUUUCUUUUUUCUCUCGUCACUUUUAUUUUUUCGAUUC